UCCUCCCGCCGCCACCGCCGCCGCGAGAACCCCAGGCCGCGCGGAGCAGGGCCGAGGCGAGGCAGCGGGCGAUCCGGGUGGACAUGGCCUCGGAGGACGUCGUGGGGAAGAGCAGGGGGGACACGGCCGUCACCACCAUCGUCAACCUGGCCGAGGAGGCCAAGCUCGCGCGCGAGGGGGUUAAGGCCCCUAGCCACCAGCUCCUCUCCAUCUGCAAGUCGCUCGUCGCCGGUGGCGUCGCCGGUGGAGUAUCACGUACAGCUGUUGCUCCGCUCGAACGACUGAAGAUCCUGCUUCAGGUUCAAAAUCCGCACAGUAUCAAGUACAAUGGUACAGUUCAAGGUCUUAAGUACAUAUGGAGAACGGAGGGUCUCCGUGGACUUUUUAAGGGCAAUGGUACCAACUGUGCCAGAAUUGUCCCAAAUUCUGCUGUGAAGUUUUUUAGCUAUGAGCAAGCAUCAAGUGGAAUUUUGUGGCUUUACCGACGACAAACAGGGGACGAGGAUGCUCAGCUUAGUCCACUGUUGCGCCUUGGAGCUGGUGCCUGUGCUGGUAUCAUUGCCAUGUCUGCUACUUACCCAAUGGAUAUGGUUAGGGGUAGGAUUACCGUGCAGACAGAAAAGUCUCCUUAUCAGUACCGUGGUAUGUUUCAUGCGCUUGGUACAGUAUACCGUGAAGAAGGCUUCCGUGCUCUAUACAGAGGGUGGCUUCCAUCGGUUAUUGGAGUGGUUCCAUAUGUUGGCCUCAACUUUGCUGUAUACGAGUCUCUAAAGGACUGGCUUCUAAAGACAAAUCCGUUAGAUCUUGCCAAGGACAAUGAGUUGCACGUAGUUACUAGGCUUGGAUGUGGAGCUGUGGCUGGAACCAUAGGCCAGACUGUUGCAUACCCUCUUGAUGUCAUCAGGAGGAGAAUGCAGAUGGUUGGUUGGAAUCAUGCUGCUUCUAUUGUUACUGGAGAAGGCAAAGAGGCGCUGCAGUACAAUGGUAUGAUCGAUGCAUUCAGGAAAACUGUUCGUUAUGAAGGUGUUGGUGCUUUGUACAAGGGUCUUGUGCCCAAUUCAGUGAAGGUGGUGCCUUCUAUUGCCAUUGCAUUCGUGACGUACGAGUUUGUGAAAGAAGUUCUAGGAGUAGAGAUGAGGAUAUCAGACUGAAGAAUUGGAGUUAGUGCUGGGCAUUAUCAACUGCUAUUUUUGUAGGGUGUUGAGUUCCUGUUUUUGUAGGAAGGGCAAGUAGAAGGAUUAUAGCACUGAGGCUCCUCCAUUCAGCAUAAGGCCCCCUCAGCCCAUGUUGAUAUAUCCUACUACUGGUUCCAGAUCUUAAUUGUUGCUGGACUCGUGGGAAAAUUAAUAAGUUGGCUGUAAAGCAUGAAACAUUUGCCUAACUCAUAAAGUCUAUUCAGUCGUGAUGAUGUAUUGAGAUUCAAACCCUAUGCAGUAUGCUGUCUGCUGCUGAUAGUUGAUUUUCAUGGUUUUCCUUUCU